AUGUCGAAGCUCUCGUUUAGGGCGAGGGCCCUGGAUGCGUCGAAACCAAUGCCGAUAUAUCUCGCCGAGGAGCUUCCGGAUUUACCGGACUACUCGGCGAUUAACCGUGCAGUACCUCAAAUGCCUUCUGGUAUGGAAAAAGAGGAAGAAAGUGAACACCAUCUUCAGCGAGCGAUAUCUGGAACUGGUCUGAUAAUACCGACGCCGGAAGUAUGCCAGGCAGACAUCGAGUUCUACGAACGGUGUUACCCGCCCGACUACAAGAUGCCCAAGCAACACAUACACAUGCAACCGCUAUGGGAGGAACAAGAGACGCCGGAAUACGACAUCGAUUCGGAGGACGAGAGGUGGCUGAAACAGCAACGGCAUCCCGAGUUAACAGAGCUAAAGUUCGAGCAGAUGAUGGACAAGCUGGAGAAGAGCUCUGGGCAGACGGUGGUCACGCUCAACGAGGCGAAACUGCUGCUAGAACGGCAGGACGACCUCGUCAUAGCCGUUUACGACUACUGGCUCAAUAAGCGUUUGACCACGCAACACCCCCUCAUACUGUCGGUGAAGACUGAGAACAGGCCGGGUCAGUCGUCCAACAACCCGUACUUGGCGUUCAGGCGGCGGACUGAGAAGAUGCAGACUAGGAAAAAUAGGAAAAACGACGAAAGCUCGUACGAGAAGAUGUUGAAACUGCGUCGCGAACUGGCCACCGCGCUCAGCCUACUCGAGAUGGUGGCGCGGAGGGAGAAGGUCAAGCGCGAGUUGGUGAAGUUGACGGCGCUGCUCUCGGAGAAGAGAUACGACGCCAAGGACUUCACCAAUCAGCUGCCGGAACCGCCUGUCAGAACCCAAUUGGCAGCGGUACCCAUCACGAGUCUUCGACGAGAUUUCGUUCACGCCUUCCCGCCUAGGCCGCCUUCCACGCCCACCUCGCUCGAUCAACAUCAUAAUAGACAGCGCGAAAAGCGUCCAUACAAGAGACGGAAACAUAGGCACCAUACGCCCGGUUCUGUUCAAGGAGUGCGAGAGUGUACAUCAUCAGAAGAAGAAAGCGUAUCACCCAUCGAUGAUGGACCCUUCGCGUUUCGACGCAAGCCGGGCUGCUUCUAUGAAAUGCCAACGUCAACGUUGUCCGGCGAUCCGGUGGAGUCUUCGAGUCCUUCAAAGGAUGGUUUGUUCCAGCACGAAUUGGAUGAGCGGGCGAGGUUUACACUGACCUCAGUACGAAAUCCAUACCCUCACUACGUGGGAUUCGCGCGGCGUCGCGUGGGAAGAGGUGGUCGGGUCAUAUUGGACCGGGUCAAAACGAAUCUAGACUCUCUAUGGCCGACUUUACCUAUACCAGCUAAGGAGAAUGAGGAGGAUAUUGAGAAUCAAAGACUCCGAACGCCCAAAGAAAUCACACGCGACUACCAUUCGGGCGGGAACUACCCUUGGCGGCACGCGUUUAGAAAGCACCUGGCGAAGAAUCCACAUCUGUGGGUCGACGAGCAGGCCGACGUCAAAGCCGACGUCAACGACAUCAAAAUUAAUGUCGACGACAUCAAGAUCGAGAUCGACGACAUCAAAUUCGAUGUUGAUAGCAAAAAUGACGUCGAUAGUUUGAAAUUGGAAAGUGACUGUGUCAAAAUGGAUAUUGAUAGUGCAAAUUGUGAGACUAGUGAUGUGCAUCGGACGAUAGAUAGUGUUGUGCGAGGAAACCUCAAGAGGGUUAUGAGGAAACGGGUCUGGAGUUCGAGUAGUGAAUACGACUCGGAUGAGAGUUUACAUCCUGUUGAGAAGGAGUUUGAGAGUUUCAUCAGUGAGGUGCAGGAUAAGUGGCUACACUUCCGACCGAAAACACCUCCGCCCGCCCCACCGAGCACAGAAAAACAACCAGAAGAUCUAUUUCCCAUCGCCCUAGAUACACCUCUAUCCGUCGAACUAACAACUGGACCGCCUUCUGGCGCCCUAAACACAUUCACUACGUCAGAGUUCACAUUAGGAGACCUAUAUGGAGAUGUGAACCCCGAUCUAGACAACAGUGGAACGACAGAUAGCAACGAGGAUCUAUUAAAUGAAAACUUCACCGGUCUAACGGAUGACCAAGUCGAGAGUAUCCUCUCCGAGACAGACUUGAAAGCACUAGAAGACGAUAAGAAGGCUAUAUCGGACGAUUUGUUAGAAGAAUUGGUAAAGGAUUCUUUUUUAUCGCAAGGCCAGAGCGGUCAUGGGCGUGCCGUCUCUGGCCCGAAGCGAAGACGCGGCGACACCUUCGGCUCGAGCAACGUGCAGGUUAGGGCGGAGAAGGAACCGAUAUAUAUAGAGAAAAUUGCACCGCCCAAGAUCGAAACGCCCGUCAUCAAACAGGAGAGAGUGCCCACGUCGAAGAUCAUCGUGGAGGAAGUUAAUGAGGUGCCCGUGAAAAUUGAACUCAAUAAGGAGAUAAAAGAGGAGCCGCAACCACCAAGCUUGCAAGUGAAGGCCGUAAAGAACGCACCGGUCAAGAAGCACAUCAUCACGUCGACGCAUCGCCGACCCGCUGACGUCACAAUAGUGACGUCAGAUGCGACGCACCCGCAGCUAGUUACGGUGGCCGUGUCGGAUAGUUUGAAGCAGGUGCGCCUGAGUAACCAAGCGACUACAAGUCAAGGCACGGUGGUCGGCCUGCUACAGAACGGACCGUUCGCCGUUACGCUUCCUGUCCAUUCACAGCGGGACCUCGCCGCAACUAGCGUGUCGAAUGUGGUAACAGCUAGCAGCGCCGGAAAAUCUGCCACCGUCGCCAAUAUAUCAAACGUGGCAAAUAUCCCAACGAUCGCCAAUGUUUCUGUGGCGAACCCUCGCCGUGUAUCCGCGCCUCUCGUCAAUCUCGCCCCCACCGGGCUUUCUAAACCCCUUCAAAUCCACCACCCUACGGUCGUGGUGGCACCCCAACACCACGUCACGCCCAGCAAACUGAAAGUAUUGCACGCCCACCCCCUAACGCAUACACAACGCGCUCAAUUCUUCUCCCAGAACAGACAGCUCGCUCAACUACCCGCCGUCGUGUCUCUGGCCACCAUCGGAGACGCGAAACCACCCACGCUGCUCAAAGCCCCGGGCUCCGUGACGCAAUUCUUCGAAAUUAAAAGCGGUCAGCUCGGGAAAGGUCCGCAUUUGGUUAACGUUCUACGGCAUCAGCAGCCCCAAGUUAAGACGAACGUAGCCAGGCUGGACUUCGAUAAGAAGCGACAAGUGGUAUUCGACGGCACGUUGAAGGGGAAUGUGACGGCACGUCCCCAGCGAUUCAGUCUGGACGGACGACAGAUUGUCCGGACAGCACUCCCUGUCCGGACACCAGUGCGUCACCAGAUCCAAUUAAAGAACCACAGGGUCCAAGUGGCGACACCGAUACGUCAAUCGGAACCGUCGACCAGUAUAACGAUAGCGCAGACCAAAACAGCCUCUAUACCCAGUUCGGUAAUGGCUAAUUUGAUACAGAAGAAUGUGCUGCCCAAGGGACAGAAGAUAGCGAUUUCUGGCCCCGCCGGGCAAGCGUUGUCCGCUAAUGUACAAGCGAUAGCGUUCACGACGGCGCCGUUGAAAGCGAGGCAGGGGAGACUCAUCGCUCAGCCGAGGCCCGCGCCUGUCGCCGAUCUCGUGGAAGCCUCAACCGCUCCCGUACCCACUUCGUCAAACUCUGCUAACAUCGCCGAUACGUCCUUGUCGAACGAAGGGGGCGAGGCGCCCACCAACGGCGCGGUACGAAGACGUGCAACGGACACGUUACCAAUGGAGUGCGACCCGCGAGGUCAAUAUGGAGUGAAGUGCGACGGAAAACAAGCUCAGCCGAGUGUCAAGGGUGUCGCUAAAGUUGCUAACGCGAAGUGCGACAUGAAAAUCCAACAACCCGUGUAUGACACGAGAGUUGGCCACUCCUUAGUUAAUUGUGACUUGAAAAUUGGCCGAAACUUAAUAAAAACCGACCCAAACCAACAAAACAUCAAAUCUGACUUAAAAGGGCAACCACAAAAAUGUGUCAAAAAACCUCAUCAGGGCGUAAAACGAGACACAGUGCAACCGGUGGCACUGUUCGACACAAAUGUCGGCCGAUAUAUGACAAUUUGUGACACAACUGCAAAUGCUAACUUUUUAAGCUCUGAUAAUGCUGUGGGAAUGUAUGUCUCCAUCGACGGAAAUGCUAAACCAGUCUUUAGGAAUGUCAUAUUAGACGUUGGUAAUGUGCUGUAUAAGAAUAAUCAGACAGAGUUGAAAUUCGCCAAUGUAUACACUAAUAUUAAUAAUUUGAAGAAUGUAGGUGUUGAAUUAAACAAAAAUGUUGGGUUGAGUACUAAUAAGAUGGAUACAAGUGGCACCACAGCAGUAGAUAAACAAACAAAUCAAGAUAUGAAUUUAACUAAUGUAUUUGUUAGUGGGAGAGGAACCACAAGUGUCACAAUUAACAAUACAGACACUAAAACUUCUGAGACUAAACUUCAAAGUUGUGUUGCAAUAGAGGGUACUGAUGUACAACUUAAAAAUACAGAACUUUCAGAUAUAAAAAUAGGUAAAACACCAGAUGAUGUGUCAAAAAGUGACAUAAAAGUUGACACUGAUGUGUCGUGUGACGCAGGAAAUGGUAGAUCUUGUAACGCAAAUGCAGAUACAAAUAUCGAAUUAGAUAAUAUUAACGUAACUGUGACAGUACAGGACACCAAAACUCAAGUAAAUGAUGGAAAUAAGAAAGAAAUCCUGGAAGAAGACAAAAAUGUUGAGGAUCCAUUGCCUCUACUGAUUUUUUAG